CUCCAAAAUCGCACCCAAAUUGAGGCGCUAGGGCUUCCUCACCCUACUACAGAAACUCGAACCAGGCGAAGAAAAUAAACGACUGCGAGUAACUUUCCAGACAACGAACCUCACCCAGAUUACAACCAAGUCGGUAUGUACCACCCCCACCACUCCUUAUUGCCGAACGCCAUAUCCAUCGAAAUUGCUAUCCCGACUUUCUGCGACUUGAGGAAGAUUUUCGUAUUUCACCGCUGACAUCGUCUCCAAGCAAUCAUGUCUGGAGGAAAGCCCCGUGGCCUGAACGCGGCCCGCAAACUGCGCACCAACCGUCGGGAUCAGAGAUGGUCUGAUUUGCACUAUAAGAAGAGGGCUCUCGGAACUGCCUUCAAGUCCAGCCCCUUCGGUGGUUCGUCCCACGCCAAGGGAAUCGUUCUCGAGAAGGUCGGAGUCGAGGCCAAGCAGCCCAACUCCGCUAUCCGGAAGUGUGUGAGAGUCCAGUUGAUCAAGAACGGCAAGAAGGUCACCGCUUUCGUCCCCAAUGAUGGAUGCCUCAACUUUGUCGAUGAGAACGACGAGGUUCUCCUAGCUGGUUUCGGUCGCAAGGGCAAGGCGAAGGGUGAUAUCCCCGGUGUGCGGUUCAAGGUUGUCAAGGUUUCGGGUGUCGGUCUUCUCGCUCUGUGGAAGGAGAAGAAGGAGAAGCCCAGAUCAUAAAUCUGGGGCGCGUGGAAAAUGGUAGGGUUCGGUACGAGGAGUCUACGAGGCUUUUUUUUUCACUGGGCAUUGCACUUCUGGGUUAGGGAGCCUGGACAGCUCACGGUAGAUGUGGUCAAGAAAAACAGAUCAUUGAAUCGGACAGUGUCUCCUUCCGAGGGCUCCUCUUUGUGAAGAAAUUGUUUUGAUCUGCGCACUCAAGCCCGUGGCUCGUCUAUGUGGCGAAGAUUAUGUUACAGCGUUAGGUACGUUUUGGCCCUCGAAGAUCAGGGCGGUCAAGAAAUUUACAGGCUUCAGAAAAUGCUGCCUGGGUUGAUAGAUACUUCCCGGGACCAGGAUAAGCAGAAGAAAAAUCACAAAAAAUGGCACUCUCGUUCGUUUGCGAAUUGAACUAGCUGGGGCACCCGGUCCUCGGUCUACAUUUCUCUUCAAAUGGCCCCAGCCUGGCAACCAAA